AUGACGUCACCAAUGGGACUGAACGAGGAGAUCGACAGUUCAAGUAAUGCAGCAGAUUGUGAAAACGCCUUUGUCAAAGGUAAGGAAUUGCUUUUAAGUGACAGAAUUUUGAUUCCGUUUAACCCUAAGUUGGACCUAGUCGUGACUGCUGACGCAAGCCCAUAUGGGGUGGGUGCUUUGAUUUCGCACAGGUUGCCUGACAAUUCGGAACGGCCAGUUGCUUUCGCUUCCAGGACUUUAUCUCCACAAGAACAGAGGUACCCUCAGAUUGAACGUGAAGCCUUAGCACUUGUUUUCGCAGUAAAGAAGUUUCAUACAUUCCUGUAUGGUAGACAUUUCUUGAUGGUUACAGAUCAUAGACCACUCACGUACCUGUUAGGUCCGACCAAGAACAUACCAACUCUGGCUGCCGCCCGUGUACAACGUUGGGCUAUUAUUUUAUCAACAUACAACUACGACUUGGUGUAUAAAAAAGGCUCCGAGAUACCCAAUGCGGAUGCGCUUUCACGGCUUCCAUGUGGGAAUAAUUCAUGUGAUGACGACGAGGGUGAAGUAAAUUUUUUUGCGGCCACGGAUGAACUUCCGAUCACUUACAAGGAAAUCAGCACUGCGAUUCGUUAUGAUCCCAUUCUAUCUAAGGUGUUGGACUUCACAAUGCAUGGUUGGCCAAACUCCACUAACGAUGCACAAUUGACGCCAUAUAUCACCAGAUCAUCGGAACUCUCAGUGGACCGAGACUGUUUACUUUGGGGAAGGAGGGUGAUAGUUCCUGAGCCGUAUCGGAAAGAAAUAAUGAUGCUUCUACAUAAGGAACACCCAGGCGAAACCCGCAUGAAAUCUCUUGCCAGAAGCUAUGUGUGGUGGCCUAAUUUGGACCGUGACCUGGAAGGUGUGGUAAAAACGUGUAAAAUAUGUCAGACUACCCGGAACAGCUCUUCCCUAACACCUCUACAGCAAUGGUCUUGGACGAAGCAUUGUUGGCAAAGGAUCCAUGUAGACUUUGCGACCUUUGACACUAAGGACUUCCUUAUUGUGGUUGACAGCUACUCCAAAUGGCUUGAGGUUUUCCACAUGAAGACAACCACCUCUAGCAAGACUAUUGAAAAACUUAGGUCAUGUUUCUCAGCCUAUGGGUUGCCUUGUACCUUAGUGAGUGACGGAGGCCCGCAACUGACCUCUCAGGAAUUCAACGAUUUCUUAAGGGCCAAUGGAAUUCUUCAUGUUGUCACCCCACCAUACCAUCCCGCCUCCAACGGUUUGGCGGAAAGAGCCGUGCAAACCACAAAGAGAUCGUUCCUUCGUCAAUUACUUGAAGAUGACCAAUCGAACAAAUCUAGAACCCUUCAGCACCGUAUAGACAGUUUCCUUUUUACUUAUCGUAACACACCCCACACGAUUACUGGAAGUACGCCAGCAGAACUUUUUCUAAGAUUCAAGCCCAGAAAUCACUUGAGUCUGUUAAAACCCCACCUACCAUCCGAUCUCAACAAAAAAAUCAUCAAGAUUGAAAACACUUCAAACAAAAGAAGAGGUAGUGCACGUUUUUUUUGUGUGGGCGAGAAGGUGUUUGUGCGAAGCGUCAGGCAGGAGAAAGUUAAUUGGCUUCCUGGGACAAUAGUGGAGAUAGUUAGUCCAGUGACAUACAUGGCCCAGGUGGACGGGCGGAUGCGUUUUGUGCAUGCGGAUCACCUGCGUCCGAAUCUAUGCAGAACAGAAGAAGAAGAUGUAACUAUUAUACCCCUGCCUCAACCACAAAUCCACCAAGAAGUCCUAUCUAGCCCGGUCCAUGACAGAUCUCCCCAGAACAGACAGUCACUAUUGAAAUCCCCAGUGACUGAUGUCAUUAACCAUCAAAUCCAGAAGGAAGUUCAGCCUGAGAAAGGGAAGCUUAUAGGCCCUCGUUCACCUACUGAGACGGUGCGUCGAUCACAACGUGAGCGGCGUCCUCCAGUAAAAUUUGAUUUGUAA